AUGGAAACCGAUUCUAAUAACAUGAAUGCGAGCUGCACAAAUGUAGUAGGUCUUCCAGGAUGGUCGAGAAAACGGGUGCAAAGGGCAUCUGGGAAAAGUAAAGGCAAAUACGAUGUGUACAUUAUCAGCCCAGAUGGCAGGAAAUUCCGAUCAAGACCUGAACUGCUAACCUAUCUGAAUAUUCAUAACAACGUGGACUGCCUUGACGCUUUUAGGAGUGUCGUAAACUUUGCAUUUGGCUACAAUGCUACAAACAUAAACCAACAAAAUAAACGCACAACACGGAAACUGCUUGUACGCAAGAGUAGAGAAACACUUGCAUCGACAAGUACCGUAAUUGAUAAUGAAACUGAUGAAGCACAUGGAACGAAAGACGGUUCCAGUCAGCUUCUCUACAGAAAGGAUUUGGACUGCACUAUACAGGAUGCACCCACUUCACCAUGCGUUGAUCCAGUGAUGCAAAGCCCAAGUCGCAGCGAUGAAGAAAACUUCCCUCAUGUUGCAACUACAUCGCAAGGAGACCUUACUGCCAAAGGAAUUUCUGUCAGGCCAGGAAAAUGCAAAAGAGUUACCUCAAAAAGCAAAUACUUUAGCAGGAGAGGAAGUUGCAAAGUUAUUGGCCCACCACGAAAGCUACGAAUGAGGGAAAAGAUAUCCAGCAUUCUGAGCCAAGAGGAAUCAAGAUGGACUCCUCCAAAGUCACCGUAUAACCUUGUGCAGGAAUGUCUAUAUCACAAUCCGUGGCAGCUGCUUGUUGCCACUAUAUUUCUCAACAAGACAUCAGGUAAUAAAGCCAUUCCUCUACUCUGGAAGUUUCUGGAACUUUAUCCGACGCCGGAAGUCGCACGAGUCAGUGACUGGGAGCCGAUGGCGAAACUCCUUCAGCCCCUCGGCUUGUACGAGAAGAGAGCUAAGAUCAUCAUUCGAAUGUCGGAUGAGUUUCUAAGCAAGAAAUGGACGUAUCCCAUUGAACUGCACGGGAUAGGGAAGUAUGGUAAUGAUUCGUACAGAAUCUUCUGCCUAGGAGAGUGGCGAGAGGUGGGUGCACGCGGGCAGCGCCAUCUAGUGGCGCACACAGCGGACAAGAGCAGUGCGGCGGACGCGGGUGGCGCUACCUGGCGGCACGGCGCGUGGUGGAUGCAUGCGGCGCAGCAUACGGCACUAUCGGUACCUGACGACACGGUGCAGCGCGAUGGCGGUGCGGUGCAGCGCGAUGGCGGUGCGGUGCAGCGCGAUGGGGGCGCUACCUGGCGACGCAGUGCAGCGCGAUGGCGCUACCUGGCGACGCGACUUACGGUGGCGGCGCAACCUGGUGACGCGACGGACGACGGCGGC